AUGGUUGGUCCAGAUAUUCAGAACGAUCUCUCCUCGAUAAUAAUUCGGUUCCGUGUGCAUACCUAUCUAUUGAAAGCGGACAUUGCAAAAAUGUACCGCCACGUUAUUUUGCAUCCAGAUGACCGCAAAUAUCAAAAGAUUCUUUGGCGUGAGAAUCGUUCUCUGCCCAUUAAAUCGUAUGAAUUGAAUACGAUAACGUACAACAUCACAUUGACGUCUUUCUUGGCAAUUCGUACGUUGGAGCAAUUGGCUGACGACGAAGGAACAAUCUGUCCCGAAGCCGCCGAAAUCCUCUUAUACGAUUUCUAUAUAGAAGAUUUAAUUACCGGCACUCACGAAUUAGCCACCAAAAUCAGAGAUUGA